UUUAAACUUAAAUUUGUAAUAUUUAUAAUUGUUUAUAAUACUUAUAUAUUUAUAUAUUAAUAUUAUAUUAAAUACCUACUUACAUUCAGUUUAAAAUGGGUAAACAAGAAAAUAUUUUUUUGUUUGUGCCAAAUUUAAUUGGAUAUGCCAGAAUAGUUCUAGCAGUUGUUUCAAUUUACUUUAUGCCAACCAAUUACAAAGUUGCAUGCAGUUGUUAUGUGAUAAGUGCAUUAUUGGAUGCUUUUGAUGGGCAUGCAGCUCGAGCAUUUAACCAAAGUACUAAGUUUGGAGCUAUACUGGAUCAACUAACUGACCGCUGUGGAACAAUGAGCUUAUGUAUUGCGCUGUCUAAUUUUUAUCCAAAAUAUAUGUUUUUAUUUCAACUUAGCUGUAUUAUUGAUAUUGCUUGUCACUGGAUCUAUUUACACUCAUCAAUUUUGCAAGGUAAAACUAGUCAUAAAUUUGUAGAUAUGUCUGGAAAUCCCAUCAUGAAAUGGUAUUAUACAUCAAAACCCGUACUAUUUUUUAUGUGUGCAGGAAAUGAACUAUUUUUUGCAUCAUUAUAUUUAUGUCAUUUUAUUACAGGACCAAUGAUUGCAGGUCAUGGUUUAUUUAAGUUAUUAUGCUGGUUUUCAAGUCCAAUAAUGUUUGUUAAGACAUUAAUAUCAUUAAUUCAUUGUUAUGUGGCUAGUAUAAAUUUGUCCAUUAUUGAUAUGAAUGAGCGUCAAGAAAAACAAUAGGUUGUUAGUAUAUAUAAAUUUAUAUACAAAAAAAAAUUAUGAUAUAGUUUAAACAUUAAUACACAAGUGUGUUAUAUUUUUAAGCAUUCCAUUAUCAUAACACUACUCUAUUUAUUGGUUCCUUUUAUUGUAGAAGUUCAGAUAUUACGUACUUAUAAAUUAUUAAAAUGUUUGGUUUC